AAGUGAUUGAUUUCAUUAUUUAUUUAAAUAAACUAAUUUGAUUUAUUUAUUUUUCUUUCACGUCAAUAAUUGAAAUGCUUUUGGUUGGAGCUUCAGCCUUUUUUUGGGGAUGUUCAAGGUCAGACAAACAGGUUUCUUCCACCUGUCAAAUCAAAUUCUUCAGGAAGCCUCCUCCACAAACUAGAUUCCCUUUGGUCUCACUUUGUUAAUUGUCUGUUGGGUGGAUUGCGCGCGCAAAAACGCAAUUAAAGAAGAACUAAUAAGCGUUUCCCAGAGAGACACCGCCCCCCUACACGCACCAGGCUGACAGGCUUGUUAACAGUCAUUUCAGACAGCCUGCUUGCGGAGUUGUGAAUGGGCGAGGAGCGGCUGGAGUGGAGCUGACGCAGCUCUCCAAGCUGCAAGAGCGCGCGCACAGAGCGGAGCGCGGUCCGAUGGAGCGGCGGCGGCAGCGGCGCACGGAGCCGGGCUUUACCCACACAUCUGAGCGCGUCGAUUCACCAGCAGCAAUCUGCAAUAAGAAAACCAGGUGUUAUCUGAAGUGAAUCUGAAACUGCAAAAAGAUGGAGUCUUUACAGCUACUUUAUCUGCUGAUCUUGUACGGAUCUCUACCAAAAGUGUUAUCAGUGCAGAUGUGUGACGUGAUGAACGAGAUCGAGCUGGAGAAGGAGCGCUGUGAGAACAGCACUUCUGGGAACGUCACUUCAGGUUGUCCAAGCAUGUGGGACAUCGUGGCCUGCUGGCCGUACGCCAGAGUCGGGGAGGUGGUCACCAUAAGCUGCCCCACUUACUUCAGUUAUUUCAGUGACCAACAGAGAGGGAACCUUUCCAAAACCUGCACAGCAGACGGCUGGACUGAGAUGCAACCUGUCGACAUCGCUGUGAACUGCGGCUAUAAUCUCAACAGCACUAACGAUGAUGGAACAUUUUUCUGGCAGGUUAAGAUUGGCUACACCGUCGGUCACAGCGUUUCACUCAUCUCUCUGACCACAGCUACUGUGAUCCUCUGCAUCUUCAGGAAGCUUCACUGCACGAGGAACUACAUCCACAUCCACUUGUUUGUGUCAUUUAUCCUGAAGGCCAUUUCUGUCUUCAUCAAGGACGUGGUUCUGUACGAGGUCGGGGAGGUGGAUAACUGUUCAUCCGGAUCAGUCGGCUGCAAAGCGGUGAUAGUGUUCUUCCAGUACUGCAUUAUGGCCAGCUUCUUCUGGCUUCUGGUUGAGGGUCUUUAUCUUCACGCUCUGCUGGCUGUCUCCUUUUUCUCCGAGAGGAAGUACUUCGGGGCCUACAUUCUGAUCGGCUGGGGAGGUCCUUCAGUUUUCACCACAGCUUGGAGCAUCGCUAAAGCUUAUUAUAAUGAUGUCGGGUGCUGGGACAUAAUUGAGACCACUGACAUGUUCUGGUUGAUCAUAAAAACUCCAAUUUUGGCAUCAAUCUUGGUGAACUUUAUUCUCUUCAUCUGCAUCAUCCGGAUUCUUCGCCAGAAGAUCAACUGUCCAGACAUCGGAAGAAACGAGUCCAACCAAUACUUGAGAUUGGCAAAAUCGACAUUGCUUUUGAUUCCCCUGUUUGGGAUAAACUUUAUAGUGUUUGCAUUCAUCCCAGAGCAGAUGAAGACGGAGCUUCGGCUGGUUUUUGACCUCAUUUUGGGAUCUUUUCAGGGCUUUGUGGUUGCAGUCCUUUACUGCUUUCUCAACGGUGAGGUCCAAGGAGAGAUCAAAAGGAAGUGGCGGAGGUGGCAUUUGCAGAGGUACAUGGGCUCGGACACCAAAUACCAGCAUCCAUCAAUCGGCAGCAGCAACAACUUCAGCACCCAAAUCACCAUGCUGACGAGUUCUGAUUGCACAAGCAUUUUCAAAGAUAACUGCCAGGAUUCAUCAGGCUCAGAUUUGGAGGUUCAGGGAGCACGAGACGUUAUUUUCCACGUGAACUGGUCGGCACAGAUCAAGAACUGCCUCCCAGUUACUCUGUGUGGUAUUCGACAGCUCUGGCUGAGUCUGCUUUGGUGUUUAAAUAAAAUCCGAGACAUUUCGGCUAAUCCUCAUGCUUGAACCAUUGAUUUAUUGGUGUGCGUUUGUGCCCAGUGGACCUCCAUCAGUGCGUCACACCAUGAGGAAACUCCACUGAGGUGACACAGGCAGAUUAACAAACCGAAAUCCAGCCGCUCUCAGAUCCAGUGUUUGAUUAAAUGGAAAUUUGCAUUAAUUUAUAAUUUUUUCUUAAAAAUGUGAUUAAUUUUAAAUAGAUUUUGUGACUGGAAUAGUUUUGCACAGUUCAUUUCACAUAGCUAAUAAGCAGGUUGCUUCAGUGUUUCUGGUGAC